AUGACCCAGAGUCAAACUUUUCUCGUUUCAUCGAUGGUGUACUGGGAAGUGCUCGUCUCUUUCCUUGUUGAUCAACUGGCCGACUCACUUUCUUACCUUGAUCCUUUCCUCGAAAUCGACAUGAUACCCCCUUCAUAUGUCUGUCCCUGGACCGGUGUUGGGACUUCGGUGUUCAUUUACUUGGCGAAAGUUGGUUCGCUUGUACGAAGGAAAAGAUCACUCACGCGCGCCAUGUUGUUAAACAAAAUCAAAGCGUUCGAAAAAGUGGCGCAUGGGAAUCUCCUUGGCGAAGCUUCUUUGUUGGAAGAUCAAAUCCGCAGAACCAAGCUCCCUAGGUUGUCAUCCAUCGAGGACACCGGCGAUAUCAAGGCUCCACCCAUUCACUUCCUUCAACUUGCCCAUUGUUACCAGCUGAGUGGCUGUUUGGAACUGUACCGCGCCUUUCCGGAGCUGGCCAAAGCUCGUCUGGAGUCGGAUCCAGCUGUUCGUAUAUCUUGCGAUGGGAUAGACAGACCGUCACAGCUGUUACUGAAGCUUGCUUUUGACAUCUUGAACACCCUCGAAACCAUGCCGGAAGACUCUCGGACCAUCGCAACGCAGACUCUGGUAUUCACUAUCGCCGGCUCAGUACUUGGUAAAAUCAUAGUAGCGGAUGAGGGCCAAUUCACGUCAGAACAGUACACUUUUAAUUGCAGUAUCGAGCGAUGGAGAAAAUUUGUCCUCCAGAGAUUGUCCCGGACCUACCAAAUCAUUGGACUACGCACCAUACAGCGUGCCAUGACUCUUCUUGUCAAGGUAUGGUCGCGCAUGGACCGGGGAGACAUAGUGAUUGAUCCGGAAUUGAGGAUUGUCGACCAUGUCCACUGGAUAGAUGUCAUUGAGGAAGAAGGGCUGGAGACGCUCCUUGGUUGA